AUGCACCUCACCGACCCUCCAGAGACCAUCGGAACAGUAGCAUCUACUGAUCCCCAGCUCCAAGAUGAUGCAUCUUCAAUAAAAAAUGAACGACCGCUCUAUUUCGCCUACGGCUCCAACCUCUCCCCGACCCAAAUGCACCACCGCUGCGUCUACAACCCAACUCACUCCGCAAAGCCACUCGCUAUUGCCGUCCUCCCGCGCUGGCGCUGGUUUAUCUGUCAGCGCGGGUACGCGAAUGUGCUUCCGCCGAAAGCGCUGCGGGUGGGAUCGCAGUCGGCUUUUGUUCCCUUGACAGAAGAGGCAGAAAAAGAUGAGGAUGACGAGGAGGUUUACGGGGUGCUAUAUGCUAUGCAUCCGCUGGAUGAGGAGAAGUUGGAUAUGUAUGAGGGUGUGGAUCAUGAUGCGGCGUCAUUGGAGGGAUUGGAAUGUGCCACUGAGACUACGUCUGAGGAGGCUAAGAAGGGUCAAGAUGGAUACGGGACUGUUCGGCCCCGCGCACAGGGGGAUGGCUGCUACAACAAAUGGUAUACCGAUGCGCAGAUCGUGCGUUGGCUUGUUCCAUCCCGCGAGGAAACGACAGUCCGCGUGCUGGUUUAUGUCGACGAGGAGCGGGUCAGAGAAGGCUCACCCAAGACGGAGUACAUUGGACGCAUGAAUCGGGGUGUUCGAGAGAGUGAAAAGCUGGGAUUGCCGGCGCAAUGGGUGGAAAGCACGAUGAGGAAGUUUAUUCCUCAUGAGACAUGA